AUGUCAGCAACAACGACAACAGCGCCAGUCGCGGGUUCGUCGACGCCAUCGUCGACCAGCGUCGCCAAAGUCGAAAACAACACCGCAUCGACGUCCAAGGGUGGUGAAGACGAUGCAGGCAAGAAGAAGAAGACUACCAAGCGUCGCAAGGUCAACCAUGCCUGCUUGUACUGUCGGCGAAGCCAUAUGACUUGCGACGAGGGUCGCCCAUGCCAGAGAUGUAUCAAGCGAGAAAUUGGGCAUCUGUGUCAUGACGAACGACGACCAAAGCCCGCUGAGAAACAGCAAACGCCAGUUGCCGCUGCACCAGUUGCUCCAGCACCGGCCGUUAUACCUACAGUUGGAUUGGCAGGAUCUUAUGCACCUGUUACCAUCUAUCCUGCAGCACCAAUACCGGCGUCAGCAUGGCCUCUGACAGCCCCGGCUGCUCAACCACCAUUUUUAUACCAGCCAGAAACUUUUGGAAACGAGUUCUCUGUUCUUACUGACUUCCUGGAGACCCUGGACGACGGAACGUUCUUCACCCCGCCUACGACGGUAGUUCCAUCCACUCUGAUGUCACCAGCAACCUUCAGCACGACUGCGACGACGACGGCAAGCUCGAUCCCGACUUCGACCAACACCGCGACAAGCACGCCAUCGCUGAAUGCAGGACAGAUUGUCGCCGCUGCCGCUGCUCUCCAACAGCAAAUACAAGGCCAGGUACAACCGCAACAGCCACAGGAUAACUCGGCGACGAUAGUACCCAAGACUGAAGAACCCGCCUCAGAGAGCGGAGCAGCGAUCAUCCUUCCAGCGGCUACCAAAACGGAGAAAUUCCUUCUGACGGCCGCUGAUCAAGAACCGGGAUCGAGAGAUGAGCGGCUCAGUCGCGUCAUUCGAGCCAAGUAUGAGGCGGGUCUUUUGAAGCCGUACAACUAUGUCAAGGGAUACGCGAGAUUGUCCAAGUGGAUGGAUAGCAACGUGUCACAGGAGUCGAAACAACAGAUUCUCCAGCCGUUGUCGGUCCUGAGGCCGAAGUUUAGAGCUGUCGCGCAAUCGCUUCGUGAUAUCGACCUUGUGUUCAUCGAAGAAGCAUUCGAGCGCAUGCUACUCGACUACGAUCGCGUCUUUUCAGCCAUGGCCGUCCCUGCUUGCCUCUGGAGGCGGACAGGAGAGAUCUACAAGGGUAACCGCGAGUUUUGCGAGCUCGUCGGUUUGGAUGGCGCCAUGAUGCGUGAUGGUCGUGUUUGCAUCUACGAGCUGAUGGCUGAGGAAUCGGCUGUUAACUACUGGGAGAAAUACGGUCACGUCGCUUUCGACUCAUCUCAAAAGGCCGUUCUGACCUCCUGUGUGCUGCGUUAUAAGCCCGUUCUGAACCUCGAUUCGCAAACGGACUCGAAGGAUGGUAUUUUGACCACCACUACGGACAAGGCAGACGAUAAGCCGGUUGUCAAAACUGCUACGGAGGAACGGUUCGUGAACUGUUGCUUCUCGUUCACUAUCAGAAGGGACAAGUGGGGAAUUCCUAGCAUGAUUGUUGGGAAUUUCAUUGCGUGUUGA